AUGAGUGGAAAUCUACCCUUCAGGCGUGAUGAUCUCCAUAUUCUCGCCGUUGAUGACGAUGCAGUACAAUUACAUGCCGUCACCAAGGCUCUUAAGAGCUUAGGCUAUCAUGUCUCAAACGCAAGCAACGGACAAGAAGCGCUUGAAGUUCUCAAGUCAGGGAACACUUUUGAUCUCAUUCUGUCCGAUGUCAUGAUGCCUGUAAUGAAUGGCCCUCAGUUUUUGCAAGAAACACGUGCUGACUCCAGAUUCGAACAAAUCCCAAUUAUUAUGAUGUCUUCAAACGAUCAAUAUGAAAUUGUUUUCGACUGCCUCUCAAAGGGUGCUGAUGAUUAUAUCAUCAAACCGCUCACCCCUCAAGUCUUGAAGAACAUGUACGCAAAUGUCUGGCUGAAACGUAAACAGAACGCUGCUGCUGCCAAAGUUCAACACCAAAACAUCGAAAAGGAAGUUAUUCAAAGACGUAUUAAUGAAAUGAAGCAGAGUUUCAAUCAAUCCGUCAAAACACCAAUCAACGACAUUACUAAAUCUCUCGAAGCAAUCUUACAAUCAAGUGGAAUGAGCCCUGAUGCCUUAUCCACUCUUACAGCUGCUAUUAAUAAGCUGAAAACAAUUGAUUCUGAAGGUGAAGUGAUCCCUCAGCCUGUUCCAGCUGUUUCUCCAGAUAUGAAGGAUUACCUUCAAUCCAACUUCGGUGUCGGAGCUCCAAAGAAGCCAAUUACUCCAAUUGCCGUCAAAGCUGCCAUAAAAGUCAGAGCUCCACCUCCAACAGUUCCGGUAUUAACUCCACUUAACCUUGGCGACAAAUUACUCGACUUACAGUUCAACAUUUGGGACAUUGCAGAGAUCAAAUUGAUGAAUCUUGCAAAUGACCUCUUUACUCACUACGGCCUUAAGGAAAUCAUCAAAGCCAAGGACGGCGAGAUCGAGCACUUCCUCCAAAAGACGCAGCAAUCAUUCAAUCUCAAUCCAUUCCACAACUUCAGAAGAUCCAUCGCCGGAUUACAGUUUGCGACAAUGAUUCUUUCGAAAUACAAAGAGCGCGUUCCUCCAUUCGAGGCCGCCGCCGGUCUUUUCGCCGCUCUCCUCCACGACAUCGGCCAUCCCGGCACAAACAACAUGUUCCAGAUCCGAACUUCCUCCCAACUCGCGCUCAUCUACAACGACAAGAGCGUUCUCGAGAUGAACAGCGCCUCUGUCGGUGCCAGACUUGUUCAGGAAGUUUUCUCCUUCUCCAUUGACGACCAAGACUUCUCCACACUCCGCGCGACAUUCCUCUCCAAUGUCCUUGCCACAGACUACUCCAAACUGCAGAAGUUCCUUGCGAAGGCCGCGAACAUAAAGAUGGACUGGGAGAACAAGGAGCACCGCCAGAUCGCAUUGCAGCUCCUGACUCUGAUGUCCGACCUCUCCUUCGCGAUCAGGAACUGGAAGACAACUUCAUACUGGUACGGAAUGAUGAGGGACGAGCACUACAUACAGGGCGACAUGGAGAGGAAGAGGAACAUGAAGUCAAUUCCUCUGAUGGAUAGACGCGCGAACAGGCCGAACACAGAGCUGAUCAAGACACAUUUCGAAAUCAUGGUCAUGCCAGUUUUCCAGCUCGGAGCGAAAAUAUUCCCUGAGUUCGAGCAGCUCCUGUUGCUUCAGCUCCAGGUCAACCACGACAUCAUUCUGGAGAUGGAGAAGGUGGAGCAGACACAGCCACAGUCAGCGCAGCAGGAUGAGAUCCCGAUGACUCCGCCAACAACAAAUCCACAGGUAAUAAACCAGGUCCAGCACCAACAGCAGCAGCAGAUCAGAGCUGUUCCUGUACAGAAGGCGGCUCCGGUUAGAGCUGUGCCAAUUAGGGCUGUAAAGCCAAUUGCAGUUGCACCACCACAACCACAACAGCCUCAACAACCUCCUCAGUAA